AUGACAUUGGACACCGCUGUGACCCUCAACCCCUCAAGUGGGUGGGGCACCUUUGGGAACCCAGCUUCAGGGUUUAACCCUUGCCCAGAGCUUCCGUUUUGUUUUGUUGAACCUUUCAAGAGAGAUGCGAAGUAUGACCCCGAGUUGGAGAGCCAGUGUAGGGUUUGGAUUAAGGCUGUAGUCGGCGAGCCAUUAGGAGACAACUUCCAUGAGGCAUUGAAGGAUGGCACAAUGCUUUGCAAAUUGAUUAACGUAUUGCAACCAGGCAGUGUUAAAAAAAUCAACACAAGCAAAAUGGCAUUCAAAAUGAUGGAGAAUAUUGGCAUGUAUUUGGAAGCGACCGAUACGUAUGGCUUGCCAAAAAGUGAUUCUUUUCAGACAGUAGACUUGUAUGAAGCGCAGAAUAUGCCACAGGUAAUCAAUGGAAUAAUGGCUCUUGGACGAAAGGCACAGGCAAAGGGUUUCAAUGGACCGACUUUAGGCCCCAAGGAGUCCAAAGGAGAGAAACGGGAAUUUACAGAGGAGCAACUAAAGGCCGGACAAAAUGUAAUCGGUCUUCAGAUGGGAACAAAUAAGGGUGCAUCACAGGCUGGAAUGACGGCAUAUGGAGCGCCGCGAGAGGUCAGAGAUUCACGUCAUUAAGUGGUGUUUCAAGAAAAAGAAGAAGUAAAAAAACAUGCAUAGAGACAACAAAAAACAGGAUAGUUUUUUGUUUUCAUUUGAAGCCAAUUAAACCGCGUUGCAUUUUAGGUUUAUACGAAAUAUGGUUGAAGAAAUUCUAGUUUUGAGAGAGAACAGGGUUUUUCUGUUUUAGUUUUAGUUUAAUUUCUACUGUUCAGAGUGUUUAUAAAUAAAAUUGAAAUAAUUAUUUGCUAUUGAGUAUACACUGAACUGUACAAUCUUCAUGUUGUUGUGUUGUAAAACAACACGCCAGUACGAAACGACUUGCGACAAAACUCAAUAGAUUUUGAUGGAGAUGUAUUAAUAUACAUAGCGCCCUCUAUGAUUAAAGCUUAACAUGUUCAAUCGCAUAAUAAAACUACGGUGCUGGCAUUUUGUUUCUUCUGGUCAAAUCAAUUGCACCUAACUGAUGCUUGAAUGUUUAUUCUGGUUCAUUUAUAUUCAUUUAUAAAGUAUUCUUUAUUAAAAACACACACCAAGUAAAGUUCAAGAUUGUGUGAAUAUAAAGGGCGAAUUUGUUUCUUUCUUUACAAACACUUUUAUUUUGAACAGACUUUGAAUUGAAAACUAGAAAUAAAGGAAAAGAUUUCACUUUGGCCUUAAAAUAAUUAUCUUGCAUAUUUAUAUCAUAGUAUUUUUCUUGUUGGGUUAGUUGUAGCUGUUUUCAUACAACAUGUUAAAUAUUUUGUUCAAAACUUUACCUUUUUAUACAGCUAAUGUAUAUUAUCGGUUUGAGCCUUAACUUGUGUCACUAUCUUUGGUUUUAUCGAAAAGGUUACAAAAGGGCUUCCCAUAAAAACAAGAGUCCAAACAGAUUCACAUCGGAGAGGAACAAAUCAGUAUCUUCUCUCAUUACGUUGGCUGUGGGAGUAAAACAUGCCACAAAUCAUAAGCUUUACAAAAAGACUACUGACUUGCAUUUAUUUGUCAUCGAUCUGAUUUGUGGUUAUAGUUUUUUAUAUAAGCUCCAGUUUUGUUUUGUUUUGGAAAUACCACUCCUUUGUCACCCUCAGAUUGUUAUCAAAGACUCUUUAAUUAUUAUUUACACGAAAUGUCAUUGUAAAUCGGCAGUUUGCAGCUAUUUCUAUUCUUCUUUUGUUAAGACAUCAGUUAGUUUCAAUUUAAAUGUUAAGGUCUGGAUUAGUCUAGGAUUUGAGACCAAGAUUGCCGUUGACUAUGCCUUUAUACCUUUGGACAAAACGGGCAGGUGAAGUCGCUAUACCAGUCAGACUGUAUGCCCAUAAAUGUUUAUUUGACCUUUUUUUUGUAGAAUAAUAAUGCACAAACUUAUUUUCGACAUUAAAAAGCACUCUACACUGAC